UCCCGUCCCUGCCGUGUCCCGCUCUGUCCCUGCUCCGUCCCUGCCGUGUCCCGCUUCAUCCCUGCUCCGUCCCUGCCGUGUCCCGCUCUGUCCCUGCUCCAUCCCUGCCUUGUCCCGUCCCUGCCGUGUCCCGCUCUGUCCCUGCUCCGUCCCUGCCGCGUCCCGCUUCAUCCCUGCUCCAUCCCUGCCGCGUCCCGUUCUGUCCCUGCUCCAUCCCUGUCCCGUCUCGUUCCAUCCCUGCCGUGUCCCGCUCCAUCCCUGCUCCAUCUCUGCCCCGUCCCUGCCGUGUCCCGCUCCAUCCCUGUCCCGUCCCGUUCCAGCCCGGUUCAGCCCCGCUCCAUCCCCGCUCCGUGCCGCUCCAUCUCUGCCCCGUCCCGUCCCGCUCCGUCCGCGCUCUGUCCCCGCUCCGUCCUGCCCCAUCCCCGCUCCGUGCCGCUCUCAUGGGCCGGCCCUGGGCGCUGCUGUGGUGCCUGGGCUGCCUGGGCGGCAUCCCGGGCUGCUCCGGCGAGCACUACCGCUACCUGUGGAGGAGCUGCUACCCCUGCUACCUGGGGCGAGCGGGCUACCCCAACCUGCGGCCAGAUGUUGAUGAGUGCCAGGUGCACAACGGGGGCUGCCAGCACCGGUGUGUGAACACCCUGGGCUCCUUCUACUGCGAGUGCCAGCCCGGAUUCCGCCUGCACACGGAUGGCAGGACCUGCCUCGCUCUGAACUCGUGUGCCCUGAACAACGGAGGCUGUGAGCACGACUGUGUGCAGGUGACCCUGGCCCAGCACCGCUGCCAGUGCAGGCAGCACCACCAGCUGCACGAGGAUGGCAAACGCUGCAUCCUGAGGAACCCGUGCUCUGACAGGAACGGGGGCUGCAUGCAGCGCUGCCACAGCCACCGCGGCCGCGCGCGCUGCGAGUGCCACCCCGGCUACCUGCUGGCCCCUGAUGGCAAGGCCUGUGAAGAUGUGAACGAGUGCCUGACAGGGCUGGCCAUGUGUGCACACCAGUGCCUCAACACCCGGGGCUCCUUCAGGUGCACCUGCAACCCGGGCUACGAGCUGGGGGCGGACGGCAAGCGCUGCUACCGGAUAGAGAUGGAGAUUGUGAACAGCUGUGAGACCAACAAUGGGGGCUGUUCCCACAUGUGCCACCACACCAGCUCUGGCCCAGUCUGCACCUGUAACUUUGGCUUUAGGCUGGAAGAGGACCAGAAGUCGUGCACUGAUAUCAAUGAGUGUGACACGGGCUCUCACUGCUGUCAGCAAGACUGUUACAACUACCCUGGGGGCUACGAGUGCUCCUGCCACGCCGGGUACAGGCUCAGCACGGAUGGCUGUGGCUGUGAUGAUGUGGAUGAGUGCUCUGCAAACAACGGUGGGUGUGAACACACGUGCCAGAACCUGCCAGGCUCCUUCCAGUGUGGCUGUGACAUUGGGCACAAGCUGGAUGAAGACAGAAGGAGAUGCAUCUCCCUCGAGGACACGGUGGAGGCCCUGGAUGGCCGGCGCCCCGUCAUCCGCCCCAUCCCUCACGUGGCCAUCCUGCGGGACGAGCUCACCCAGCUCUUCAGCGACGACUACGAGGAAGAGGAGGAGGAGCUGGAAGCACGAGGGGAGCACACGCUGUCGGAGAAGUUCGUCUGCCUGGAGCACACCUUUGGCCCUGACUGCAGCCUGACCUGCGACGACUGCCAGAACGGAGCCACCUGCAGCGCCGAGGGCAGCGGCUGCCUCUGCGCGGCCGGCUGGACCGGCGUGCUCUGCAACCAGACUUGCCCAGCUGGCACCUUCGGCAGCAACUGCAGCCAGAGCUGCCGGUGCCAGAACGGCGGCACCUGUGACCCUGCCAGCGGCGCCUGCCGCUGCCCGCCCGGCGUGGCUGGAGAGCUCUGCCAGGAUGGGUGCCCCAAGGGAUUUUACGGGAAGCACUGCAGGAAGAAGUGCAACUGUGCCAACCGGGGUCACUGCCAUCGGAUCUACGGCGCCUGCCUGUGCGAUCCCGGCUUGUACGGCCGGUUCUGCCACCUGGCGUGCCCCAAGUGGGUGUUUGGGGCCGGCUGCUCCGAGGAGUGUCAGUGCCUGCAGCGCAACUCGCGGGACUGCGACGCCAGGGACGGCUCCUGCCGCUGCAAACCCGGCUACCGCGGCCAGCGCUGCCAGGACAGCUGUGACCCUGGCUAUUAUGGGGAUGGCUGCAAGAAGAAGUGCAGCUGCUCUCCAGGAGUGCCCUGUGACCCUGUCACUGGGGAGUGUCACAAGGAGUGUCCCCCAGGCUACCACGGCGAGCACUGUGACCAAGAGUGCCCUGAGGGGACAUUUGGGCCAGGCUGUCAGCAUCCCUGUGCCUGUGGAGAAGCAUCCUGUGACAGGAGCACGGGGCAGUGCCACUGCCCACCUGGCUGGACAGGACACGACUGUGCCCAAGCUUGCCCUGAGGGUCUCUGGGGGCCGGGCUGCCAGGAGAUCUGCCCUGACUGUGCCAACAACGCCAGCUGUGACCGCGCCACCGGAGCCUGUCUGUGCCCACCUGGCUACACCGGGCAGCGCUGCCAGGAUGUGUGUCCGCCCGGCUGGUUCGGCCCCGCCUGCCAGCUGAGCUGCAGCUGUGGCAACGAGGGACAUUGCCAUCCGGUGACGGGGACGUGCAGCUGCCCGCCCGGCUGGACGGGGCACCACUGCCAGCGAGCCUGUGACCUGGGGCGUUGGGGCCCUGACUGCGCCCACGCCUGCAACUGCAGCAACAGCGACGGCAGCUGCAGCGCCGAGAGCGGGCAGUGCCUGUGCGAGGCCGGCUACACGGGCACCCACUGUGAGCAGAAGUGCCCAGAGGGGUGGUUUGGGCUGAGCUGUCGGCACCAGUGCCAGUGUGACAAUGGAGCCACCUGUGACCACGUCAGUGGGGCCUGCACCUGCAGCCCAGGCUGGCGAGGAACCUUCUGUGAGCACGCCUGCCCUGAUGGAUUUUAUGGACUGGAGUGUCGGCAAGCCUGUGACUGCCUGAAUGGUGCCCACUGUGACCCUGUGACAGGACAGUGCCAGUGUCCCCCGGGCUGGACUGGUGCCCGCUGUGCCCAGGCCUGCCCGGAGAACAGCUACGGCCAGAACUGCAGCCACACCUGCCACUGCUUCAACAACGCCACCUGCAGCCACGUCAGCGGCCACUGCCUCUGCCCCGAGGGGUGGACGGGACCCUCGUGCCAGCAAGCCUGCCCAGCAGGGUUUUAUGGGAAGAACUGCCAGCAGCGCUGCCUCUGCCACAACGGCGGCACCUGUGACCCGGCCACGGGGACCUGCGCUUGCCCUGCGGGCUGGACAGGGCUGGCCUGUGAGCUGGCCUGUGCCCAGGGCCAGCACGGCCUGGAGUGCCAGCAGAGCUGUGAGUGCCAGCACGGGGGGCUCUGUGACCGCCACACCGGGCACUGCCACUGCCAGCCCGGCUGGACCGGUGACAAGUGUGACACAGCUUGUCCGGAGGGGCAGUUUGGGGCACGCUGUGAGGAGCUCUGUGACUGUGGGGACAACGUCUCGUGCCACCACGUCACCGGAGCUUGUGAGUGCCCCCGGGGCUGGAGGGGCCGGCGCUGUGAGAAAGCCUGCCUGCCAGGUUUCUUUGGGAAGAACUGUGCCAGUCGCUGUGGCUGUCCCCUGGGAGUGCCCUGUCACCAUGUCACCGGCCAGUGCGGCUGCCCGCCAGGACUGACCGGCUCUGGAUGUGAAAAACCCUGCCUGCCAGGGACCUUUGGGGAGGGCUGUGCUCAGAUCUGCCAGUGCUCCGGGGCUACCCAGGAAUGUCACCCUGUCACCGGGGCCUGUGUCUGUCCCCCUGGCUUCCACGGUCCUGCCUGCCAGCUGGAGUGCUCCCCGGGCUGGUACGGCCGGGACUGCGAGCGGCGGUGCCGGUGCAGGAACGGGGGACGCUGUGACAGUGCCACGGGGAUGUGCCACUGCCCGCCGGGCUUCAUCGGCGCCGACUGCGCCAUCGGAUGCCCCGCUGGCCGCUACGGCCAGGACUGUGCAGGGCUGUGCCCCUGUGGGGCCGGUGUCCCCUGUCACCCUGUCACUGGAGACUGCGUGUGCCCUCCGGGCAGAGCUGGCCCCACGUGUGAGCAAGGUUGUGAGAGGCACCGCUACGGGCCGGGCUGCCAGCAGCGCUGCUCCUGCCGCAACGGGGGGCUCUGCCACCCUGCCGAUGGCUCCUGCUCCUGUGCCCCAGGGUGGACGGGCAAAUCCUGCGAAUCAGAAUGCCCUCCGGGAAGCUUCGGUGCUGCCUGCCAGCUGCGCUGCCCCUGCCUGCACAACGCCACCUGCCACCCGGCCACCGGCGCCUGCCACUGUCCCCACGGCCACUACGGGCCCCUGUGCGAGCACAGCUGUCCCCCGGGGUUCCACGGAGAGGGCUGCCAGCAGCUCUGUGACUGCGAGCACGGGGCGGGCUGUGACCCCGCCACCGGGCGCUGCCGCUGUCCCCCAGGGCUGCGGGGCGAGCGCUGUCACACAGGCUGCAAGGAAGGGACCUACGGCGAGGGGUGCCAGCAGCUCUGCGACUGCCCCAGCGAUGUCCCCUGCGACCCGGUGACAGGACACUGCCUGUGCCCCCCCGGCAAAACCGGCCCCAGGUGUGCUGCAGAGUGCCAGCCCACCCAGUUUGGCCCCGAGUGCCGCCUGGCGUGCCAGUGUGCCCCCAGCAGCUCGUACUGCAACGCCAGGAACGGGCAGUGCCUGUGCCUGCACGGCCACACGGGACCCACCUGCCACGAAGCCACGCAGUCCCUGCCACCCACCAGGCCACCACCAGCCCCGGAGGGGCUCCAGCCAGCAGAGAAGUAGGUCCUGCUCUGGUUUCACCAAGCAGCACCUGAAGAAGCCAAUGACCUGUAAUGAACUCAUUUUUGAGCCACAUGAGCAGCUCUCGCCUCCUGACAGCCCCAGCUGCUGCUUUUGGGGGGUCUGAGUGAGGCUGAAGCACCCAGUAUAACCAGUUCACUGUGCCAGCGCGGGCUGGCCCUGAGGACUCGUGUGCCCUGCCCACACCAGGGUGUGCCCUUGGCCAGAGACCAGGUGACCACUCCAGGAGAGAUCAGUUCUGCUCAGGGGACAGUGGACUUUGACAGCUUGUGACACAUUGCUGGCCUUCAACUUUUGGGUGCUGGGCUUGGGGAGGGGGCUGAAAUCGUGGUCCAAAUCAGGUAUUUAUGCAUCAAUAUUUAUGGGAAGCUGCACCACAGUGUUGUCAGGGCUGAUGGCUGACAGUGCCCAGCUCUCCUGAGAUUGGACCUCCUGUGGAUGCACCACCUCACUUGAAUUAUUUUUUAUAAAUUUGAAUUUUC